AUGGUUUCGAUUAAGCAUGCGCGUAUAAUGUGUGCAAUAUCUUUUUGUGUUGAUCACGUUGGUUAAUGUCUAGAUCAUAGAUCUUAUGUUAUUUGAUGCUAAAUAAUGCUUAUAGUUACAUGUAAUUACAAUUUAAUCAAUAUGUAAUAAUUUAUAUUAAAGUUAGAAACUUAAUUUUUUAGUUGAAACAUCUAAAUGAUGUAGUAAAGUAAAAAGUCUGUAUUAUAAACACAAAUUGUUUACUUCAACUUAAAUUUUUGAAUUGCAUUAGUUUAUGCAAAAUUAGUUUAAAGCUGUAUUUCAAUAUUAGAGUAUAUAUACUUUUAAUAUAAUUAAUACUACAAUUUAAAUAAUGUAAUUUGAAUUGAAUAUGGAUAAAUAUGUAUAAUGCAAUAACAAUGAAUAACCAGUGGAAAAAAUAUCUGUUUUGGUUUGCCCAAGAACACAUUGAUUUUCGUACAGCUGAAAUGCAAUCUAUUCUUGGUAUGUUUGGUGUAAAUAUUUAUACUCAUUCUAAAUUAAACACACAUCCUUAUUGGAUAGUUAAUUUACCUUCAGAAACUCUGGCACAUAAAAUUGCAAGCAGAGCAGUCUGUGUGCGAUUUUGUUUAGAGUUGUGGGCUAAUAGUAAACAAGUUGAAAAUUUGCAUAACAAGUUAAAAACUUAUCCAAUUUCAGAAAUUAAUAAAUAUGCUGGUCCACACAAAUCUUUUAAAGUAAUAGUUGAAACAUUUUGUAAACAUUUUUCUCAAGGUGAAAAAGUAAAUAAAAUUGAUUCUUUCAGUUAUUUACCAUUGCAAGGACCAGUAAGACUAAAUAAUCCAGACACAACAUUGUGUUAUGUAGAAUUUUAUGGAUUAGAUCCUAAUAACAUCCCUAAAGAACCAUAUGAAUUAUUUUUUGGUAGAUGGAUUACAAGUGGACAGAGGGAUUUAAUUCGAAAGUUAUCGCUGAAAACCAGAAAAUUUAUUGGUAAUACAUCUAUGGAUCCUCAACUGUCAUUAAUAAUGGCUAAUCAAGCUCAAGUUCAAAAGGGAGACAUCGUGCUCGAUCCAUUUGUUGGUACUGGAUCUUUAUUAGUUGCUGCUUCUCAUUUUGGAGGAUAUACAUUGGGAACAGAUAUAGAUUUUUUAAUGCUGCAUGGGCGUACAAGGCCUAGUAGGAUAUCACAAAAGAUUAGGGAAAAAGAUGAAAAUAUUGCUACAAAUAUGAGUCAAUAUGGAAAAAGAUCAUACUAUAUUGAUGUAGUUGUAUCAGAUUUUUCUUAUCCUUUAUGGCGUUCUGACAUGUGUAUAGAUGCUAUAAUAACAGACCCUCCUUAUGGUAUCAGAGAAGCAACAGAAAGGAUAGGUACAACUAAAUUAAAUCCAGUGAUAGAAGAACAUCAAGCUUCAUCUCAUAUACCAUCUAAAAUUGGUUAUGAUUUACCUCAAAUAUACAAGGAUUUAUUAACUUUUGCAGCUCAACAUCUUAAAUUAAAUGGUAGAUUAGUAUGUUGGUUUCCUUUAUUUAGAGAUCAAUAUUCAGAGGAUCAGUUACCAACACAUCCAUGUUUGGAAUUAGUAGCUAAUUCAGAACAAGUACUUAGUAAUUAUACUAGUCGGAGGUUAUUGACUUAUAAAAAGGUAAAAGAUCCAAAGGAAUCAGAUGAAAUAAUUUCUACCAAUUUAAUCGACUUCCGCGAACAAUAUUUUGCAUUACGAAAUGAAAGUAGAAGGGAAAAACGAAUGAAGAAAGCUGUAGAAAAAGCAAAGAAAAGAGAACUUUGGGAACAGAAUAAUAAAGAAAAUCCAAAAAGAUGACUAUAAUUAUUUUACGUGUAACAAACAUUUAUUUUCCUUCAAAUUCGUGUUUGAGAAUAUAAAUUUUGUUAAACUGUUAUUUUUUAUGGCCAUAUGUGCAUUUUAAAGAAUAAAGCAGGACAUGUGCAGGAAAAUAUUCAUAACAAGAAAAAUUCUGAACCAUCAAUAAAGUCAUUUUCUAACAUUUUCUAGAGAUUAUGAGAAGAACAAGGAACUUUCUUCAUUUAGUUCUAUAAUCUUUUUACUAAAUGAUCUUAAGAAUUAUUUAAAUAAGGUAAAUAAUACUUUACUGUAUUUUGGAUAGUAAAUAUCUUAAUAUACAUUCGCAAAUUUACUUGACAUACUAAAAAACUAUUUAUGUCAAAAGAUUUGUAUCAAAUAAUAAAUUAUAUAUGUGUGUAAA